AGCAGUAGUCAAACGUCAAACGUGUUGAGUGAACGUACGUUUACGCUUAAGACCAAGCAAAAUUAUUUCUUGAUGUGGAUUAGAUGAAGCUAGUGAUAUUGCGUGAAGAACACAUUGUUUUCUCCACGAAUUGUUUAAUGGAAAUCGAGUGAAUCCUCACUUCGCAUGUCAUCUGUUCGGCCAAGAAGGCGAGAGAAUAUAUCAGAGCCAUUCAAUUUUCGACAAGAAGAAAAAAAGAGGGAAGAAGAAAGAAACAAUUCAGCCAUGAACACCGUGUCGAAACGUGCUGCUGCGUCGAUCGUCAGUCUGCUCAGCUCUGCUGACUCACUGGUGGGACUCGUUACCAAUGGAUAACUAAACAAAAAACUUUGCCCACCUAAAAACCUUAAAAAAAAACCCACCAUUAUCGAACAUCAUCACGACCUCAACAAAAAGCCUUGUUUUCGAGCACAACGUUACAAAGUGUUAAAAAAGCGAUCAACCGUAGGGGAGUAUCAACAUCAUCGUGGCCAUUUUGGUCCUUCAAAAAAAGAACGAAUCGUCGUCUGCGAUUUCUUAGUGUGUGUGUUUUUUCCCUCCCAAAAAGAAGAAAAGAAAUCAAUUUUGUGUUUGUUUUUCGUGUGUGUUUUGCCUCCCAUUUCCGUUGGGGACCGUUUCUUUUUUGUGUGUGUUUUGAGGUUGUAUGUUUUUCGAGAAACAACAAACAUCCGCCAUGCCAGGAUUAAUCAGCGUUUCGGAAUUUGUCGAAGAAAGCCGCGAAGAUGUCGACUCGCCCACAGCUUCGACGUUCGUUUCGCGCAUGUCGCAGUGCCGACAAACAGUGGCCGCCCUGGAGGAGAUCCUGGAUGUGGACCGCGAAGGACUUACCAAGUUGAAGAAAGCUGUCAAAGCAAUGCACGCCAGUGGCAACGCGCACACGGAUAACGAGAACUACCUUUCACGGGCCCUGGAACGCCUCGGAACGACGGCUCUCAGCAAAGACCAAGAAACGGAAAUCGGAGCCGCCUUUAUUAAAUUUGCCGUCGUCACUAAAGAACUUUCUGCCCUACUCCGCACGCUGAUGCAAAACUGUGCUAAUAUCGUGCAGUUCCCGCUGGACAGCCUGCUCAAAGGAGACUUGAGAGGCGCCCGAGGUGAUUUGAAACGUCCGUUUGACCGGGCGUGCAAAGACUACGAUACCAAGUACGGCAAGCUGGAAAAGGAGAAGAAAGCCCAGGCAAAAGAGGCCGGCUUUAUUCGGUCCGAGAUCACGGCUGCAGAAGUCGCCGAAGAGCUCGAUCCCGAACGGAAAAUGUUCCAACUGCAAAUGUGCGAGUAUCUGCUGAAAGUCAACGAAAUCAAGACAAAGAAAGGUGUGGAGCUGUUGCAACAUCUCCUCGAGUACUACCAUGCCCAGCACAAUUAUUUCCAGGAUGGUCUGAAGACAAUCGAACAUUUCGGCUCCUACAUUGCGGAUCUGUCGCAAGGAUUGCAGAGGAUCCGACAAAAACAGGACGAGGAACGCAAACAACUGGCCGAUCUCCGUCAAUUGCUCAAAAGUUCUCACGUUUUCGAUAAAGAGCAACAACAACAGCAGCCAACAGUUGCGCCUAGCCACGCCGUAGGCGUCGGUGGUGGUAACGGAGCGACGGCUAGCGGAGCCGGUGUCGGCGGUAACGCCGUGAACAACGGCAGCAACAACGGCAGCGGUGGCUACUCUCGUCACCAGCUGCAGGGCAACAAACAGCACGGUUCGAGCCGAACGGGUUUCUUGCUGAAGAAAUCGGAAGGCAAAGUUCGCAAGGUGUGGCAGAAGCGGCGGUGCGAAGUGCGGGCCGAUGGCUUCCUAUCCAUCUAUCACGCAGACGAGACGAAACCGCCUACGCGAGUCAACCUGCUCACCUGUCAGAUCAAGCCCGUGCCAAGUGGCGAAGACCGGCGAUGCUUCGAUCUCAUCUCUUACAAUCGGACGUACCAUUUCCAAACGGAGGAGGAGGAUGAAAUGACGGCCUGGAUUUCGGUGCUGGUCAACAGCAAAGAAGGAGCCCUCAUGAAGGCCUUUGACGAUAAUGGCCGUCACGGUCCUAAAGUCAAUCAAGGCUUCCUCGAACUGCAGCAGGCCAUCAUCCGAUACAUUUUGCGACUGCCGGGCAACGAUCGCUGCGCCGACUGUUGCUCUCAAAACGAUGCGACAUGGUUGUCGACCAACUUUGGCGUGAUCAUCUGCAUCGAAUGUUCGGGCGUGCAUCGUGAAAUGGGCGUUCAUGUGUCCCGCAUCCAGUCGUUAUUGCUGGACCACGUGCCGACAUCGCAGCUGCUCAUCGCCCGGCACAUGUCCAACCACAGUUUCAACGAGAUUAUGGAGGCUACGUUGCAUAUUUCCAAGCCGAACCUCCACAGUACCAUGGAGGAGCGCAGUGAAUUUAUUCGGGCCAAGUACAUUGAAAAGAAGUUUGCCAUCAAGACGAGUACGGACAUACGCGAUUUGCACAGUGACGUCGAACACGCACUCAACAAUAAAGACAUUCAUCAACUCUUGCAAGCCUAUGUCGAAGGGGCCGAUUUUUCAAAGCCCUUCAUUGACAGCAACGCGGGAGAAACGGCCUUGCACAUGGCCAUCCGACGUGAACGAGGCCAUUCCCUUCACAUUGUAGAUUUUUUGGUGGAAAAUGCCAGCAAUCUUGACGCAACGACGGUCGACGGACACACGGCCGUCCAUUACUGCGCCCUCUACAAUCAGCCAGAGUGUCUGAAAUUGCUAUUGCGCUCUGGGGCUAAUGUGGCGGCCGAGACCAAAGACAAAAAGACGGCCAUUGAUUUGGCUAAAGAAUAUGGAUCUACGGCUUGCGAGGACCUGAUCCGGCAAUCGACGCAAAACCGCAAAUCUCAGCUGGAGAAUGUCAGCAUCGAUUGGAAUUUAUCACAGGAUGAAGCCGGAUCCAUCGACUUGUCCGACGAGGACAUGACAGUCAUCGAAAAUACGACGACAUGCAAUGGAAUUCCAACUCCAGAUCGUCGUGUUCGUUCCCGUCCGCCCAGUUUUGCUGGACGGGAAUCACCAAUUCAAUUACGUUCACGUUCCUCAACAUCAGACAGUUUGCGUUCCGGCUCCAGUCCCAACAGUGGAGGGGGAGGCAAUCAUUCAGCCAAUCGCAACGCUUCGUUUUUCCCUCAGCCAGUGACGACAGCCGGAGCAGGAUCGUCUGUCAAUACGGCCGCGGCUCACAUGGCAGGAUCGACCAGCAAUCUUUCAGUGCAGACGGGUAAAAAGAAUAAUAAUGCGUCUACAACAACAACAGCCUCAGCUGCUGCGGCCGUUACAGCCGCUAAUGUUGGCAGUUUGAAAAAGAGGGCGGCUCCUCUGCCACCUCCGACGACCACGUCCUCAUUCACCAGAGCUUCAUCGCAAAAUACGCACAGUCGGAACGCGUCCGACUAUGGCGUCUCGUAUCCAACACAACGGAUGAAACCGCCGAGCGAGUCGCAUUCGCACUCGAGGAAAUCGUUGGUAGCUGAUUACCUUGACUCGACCAAACAAAGAACGUUCCAUCAUUCAGCAGCUCACCUUCCGGGAGCUAAACUUGUACUGCCUAAAGGAGAACUGCCACAACUAAGGAAAUUGCAUGGCUCUGCCACCAGUUUGGCCAGUACAACCAGCUCUAAUCGACCUCGAGGUCCACCACCGCCUACGCCUGCCAAUGUCAGUACGGUGGUGAAUUCAUCAAAGCCACUCAGUCGAAAUGGACGGUCAACUGAAAGCCUUUCGUCAGCGCCAUCUGACGGAGAAUUUAAUGACAAACCAUUACCGCCCGCCAGAGGUCGACGUUGUCGUGCGUUGUACGACUGCGAAGCGGACAACGACGAUGAGGUAUCGUUCCGAGAGGGCGAAAUCCUCGUGGUGAUGAUCGAGAAGACGGAAGAUGAGAAUUGGAUGGAAGGCUACGUGGAAAGUGACCCAAAAAGGCGUGGUGUGUUCCCAGCUAGUUUCGUUCACAUCUUAAACGAACGUGACUAACGUUGUAAAACCGAAUCAAGUUCAAAUCAAAACUGCCACAACUUCUAACUUUAGUGAAAUUUCCCCUGACGACACUAAACUCAUCGACCAGUGGCAAACACGUCAUUUAUGUCCAGUGACGCACAAAUUCACGUUUCAAACAGUAACAAAGUUUUCCCCUAAAGAUGUAAUAUUUAAGAAGAAAACAGGAAAAAUUGUUGGAUGUUGUAAAUGGCAAAAUGAUGAUCUUAAAUUGGAGUAGUUUUUUUCCACCUCCCAAGCUUAAUUGAAUUCCAUUUCUUGUUCUUUUUUGGCUCCUAGUCACUCUUCUCAUCGCUGUCCCCAUUUUUGAAGAAACCCAUCAAACGAAUCUUUGUUUUUGCCCCUUUGUUGAAGGCCCAAUUUUUCUUAAGUUGUCUCUCUUUCUCUACUUACAUACUCUUUAUCUAUUUCUAAUUCCUCAUCUACAUAUAUUAUUAUAUAUUAUUGGUUAACUUCUGUGAUAUAUGCUUCCUGAUUUUGCUUUACAUUAGUUUCAACCUUCCCCCUUCAAAUUUUGGUUUCUUGAUGAACUCUUGCCCAAAUCCCGUUUGUUGUCAGAUUAGUUUUGGUUAUUAAGUACGGCCGACAUUGGAUCCACAAAAAAAGUGUUUAUUUCGCCAGUCGAUCGGCCUACACAACUCUCAAUAAGAAUAUCCCACAUGUUUGAACCAAAACUAUCUGUAUUCUUAUUACACUCUGCCAAUUGUUUGAUUGUUUACCACCCUCUUCUCAAUUUCAACGUUCUCCUUCAGCAUUUCUUGAUGUGGCUUUCACUGUUAUUGAUGGCUUCCAUUUAUUAUGUAUGAGUGUGUCAAUAAUUCAAAUGUCAAACAUUGA